UCUUUGGUUCCCCACAAACGCCGCAAAAAGACCCCUCCGCAAGUGCUCCCCCCACCAUCUCUCCUUCCUCAUGGCGGCACACGAGGCCUCUGCCGGCGGCGGCGAGGGCGCGCGCUGCACUCCUCCGCGCCCCGCGCUCUCGCUGCCCCCGCGCUCCGCCGUCGAAUCCUUCUUCGCCUCUGGCGCCACCGCCGCCUCCUUCGCCGAGACCAGCCCCGGCCCGUUCACCCUCGCCGCCGCGCUCUUCCCGGAUAUGCCCUCCUCGGCCUUCCACGGCUCCUUCACCCAGCUCCUUGCCGGCGCCAUGGGCUCCCCAGCCGCACCCCCUUCCCCUCCCUCACCGUUCGCCGUGCCACCGGGGCUCAGCCCCACCGCUCUCCUCGGCCCCCCUUCGCUCUUCUCCCCUACGGCAAAUUUUGAAAUGUCCCAUCAGCAAGCGUUAGCCCAAGUAACAGCACAAGCAGUCCAUUCUCAGUAUACUGUAGGCAGUCAAGCAGAUUACUCACUCCCUUUCUCAUCGGCAACAACAUCAGCUUUGACAUCACAGUUCAUCAACUCUUCUGCAAAUGUGACAUCAAUGAAGGAGACAGCAACUCUGCCACUGCAUACAGUUAAUGAUAACCUUAAGUCAAAUGAGGUUUCACAAGGAUUCCAAACUUCGGCCCUCACCGUGGAUAAACCUGCUGAUGAUGGGUACAAUUGGCGAAAGUAUGGCCAGAAGGCAGUUAAGGGUGGAGAAUAUCCAAGGAGCUACUAUAAAUGCACCCAGGCGAGCUGUCCAGUUAAGAAGAAAGUGGAGCACUCAGCAUAUGGACAGAUUACUCAAAUAAUUUAUAGAGGCCAGCAUAACCACCAGCGUCCACCAAAAAGGAGGUCCAAAGAUGGUGGCAAUUUACUAAAUGAAGAUGAUUUCCCUGAGAACAGAGACGCUUUGACUCGAUCAGAACCGGGCUCUCAAGAUCAUUCUGGAAAAGUUGAGGUAUCAAAUGAUGGCAUCACAGGGCCUUCAGUGUCUAAGAGGAGAGGCGGAGGUGAUCAAUCGUCUGGCUCAAGUGAUACAGAGGAGGACAAUGAUGAAGCAGGUGAUGACAAUGGAGAUGCUGGUAUUGUGAAUGCAAACAAAAGGCAUGUGCCGGCCCCAGCUCAAAGAAUCAUCGUGCAAACAACCAGUGAAAUUGAUCUUUUGGAUGAUGGCUACCGGUGGCGCAAGUACGGGCAGAAAGUGGUAAAAGGGAAUCCUCAUCCAAGCUUUCAUCCUGGACAUUUGGAUCUUUCUCACCUCCACACCCCUUGCGUCAUUCUGGUUGUCAAGGGCAGAGGGGUUGGGAGGAGUUACUACAAAUGCACGUACCAGGGAUGCGAUGUAAAGAAGCAUAUCGAAAGAUGUUCGCAAGACCCAACGGCGGUGAUAACUACAUAUGAAGGCAAGCAUAGCCAUGAUGUGCCAGCAGCUAGGAGCAGCGUGGCUGCUGCUGCCAGUGCCAAUGCAUCCUCUUCCAUUAGCUUACUACAUAGAGGGCAGAAGGCAGCAUCCAGUAGCCAACGGGUGUUGCCCAGAGCAGCACUACAUACAUCAGAUUCUUCCUUGCAGCUAAAAGAAGAAAAUGAGAUAACAUAAAUUUUGGAGUACGUAGCAAGGUAAAUUAUUCCAAUAUAUUAGCCCAUUUCUGGUUGCGCUGCUGCAUUGGUUCAAAUCGAGAGGAGGAUAUUCUUCCACGAGCCUUUGCUUGCACAGAGCCUGUGUUGCAGCAUUGCAUCUUGCAUGCUGUACUCCCAUUGGUUCUCGUACUGGUCUCUAUUCCAUGGAAAAACUGUAGGUGAUGGAGGUUUUGUUGUUGCAAGUGUAAAUGCUCGAGUUGUAGCUCUUACCUGAUAGCCUCAUUUGUACAUAUAUCUCCGUAAGUGUCAUCUGACAGGAUGUAUUAAAGUCUUAAUUGAUGAACAAGGCAAUGGCCUUCCGUCAAUCUCCUUUCAGUUUGUUGUCGCUGCGGAAUGUGCCUCGGUGGACCUGAGGCCAAAGAAAGAAUCAAAGUGGUCUGAUGCUUGUGUCUCUUAAAAGCGGAAUAUUCUUUCAAUGUGAGAUGAUGUUCUUGUUAA